UCAAUAAAGUAAGUGAAGAGAGGGGAGGGAGGAGUAAUGGAGGGAAAACAUGUCAAUAGCUAAAGUUUGCCCAUAGAGUAAUUCAACCGAUAUUGAGAGACUGUCUAAUACUCGCGCACUAUUUGAUUACUAAAAACUAAAUUCAGUAUCGAAAAUAGACCAACUAGCUGGAUUUGGUGUAUCCUAUUUUCUGAAUUCGACUCCUCGAAGGAGCAAAACUAUUUCAAGAAUUCCCAUGGCAUAGUCUAAAGUAUACUUUUUGGAAAGCAGCUGAAACCUUCAAGAAAUAAAGUCUAACAUCUGGAUACUGUGCGAGGAAGAUGACUCAUUCUUGCCAGGAAUCGUGUAAAUAUAUCUGAGAGCGAUCUUAUUCUUCAAGAGCAAACCUAACGAGGAUGAACGGCGGCGGAGGGUGUGUGCCGUUAUUUGUUCUUCUGUUGAUGGAUAUAGCUACAAUGCUAGGCCUACCUGUGCCAGCGUUUCAGUUUUUGAAGAGCCCGGCCAACGUAACGUUAUCCCUGGGUAAGCCGGUACAGGUGGUCUGUUCUCUCCAGGGAGAUGGGGGUGGAGAGGAGCCUCCGGAUGUGGUGUGGUUGAGGGACGGUCAAUCCCUGGAUUACGCUGACACCAAUCAAGUGCAAGUGCCUGUCACUGAAGGAGGUUGGCUGACCAUCAGUGAACUCAGAAUUGAUCAUGUGAAGCUGUCAGACAUUGGGAGAUACUGUUGUAUGGCAACAGUGGGGAGGAAGGACUUGAUGUCUCAGGAGGGGCACAUUCAGCUGGAGGGAAUCCCACAUUUCUCAGUGAAGCCUCAUGACGUGACAGUGGCGGCCACUGCUAGCCUCAGCCUGCAGUGUUUGGCCCAUGGGCCUCCAGAACCUGUCAGGAUCAUCUGGCUGCAGAACGGAGGACCACUCAACACGCUACAGGACCCGGUGUCCCAUUCUCCCUCUACUCUCAAUAUCACAGGCCUCAACCAUACCAGCAGCUUCUCCUGUGAAGCACAUAACAGUAAAGGUGUGGCUACCUCAGCCUCUGGAACUGUGACAGUGGUUCCCUCCCAGGCACAGAAAGUCCAAGUUGUAGAGGUCACCAACUCUUCCCUACACAUCUCCUGGGAGCCUGGCUUUGGAGGGGUAUAUCCUGUCUCUGUGUGUUCUAUACAGGCAGCUCUGUCUGGUCCUGACCUCAACACGUUGCAUAAUCUCCUGAUCCAUAAUCAGAAUGUCAAUGUACCACCUGCUCAACACCUGAUCCCUGAACUCAAGCCCUACACCUUCUAUGACGUGAGGGUGGCUUGCCGUAGUAGUCAAGGUGCUUCCCCGUGGACACCAUGGGUAACACUGCGCACCGCUGAAGGAGUGCCAGAGGCAGCACCAGACAACGUGAGUGGACUGUUUAAUGGAACAGAUGUUAUUGCCAGCUGGUCCAAGCCACCAGGCAGAUUAAAUGGCCAAAUACUGGGCUACAGAGUGGAAUACCUCACUGCUAACAUGUCCCAGGCUGUUAUGGAGUCAGUUCAGUCCUCUGAGCUAGCUAUCCCUCUCUCCAGCCUCCUGGACAGUGUGUCCCUGAGUGUGAGUGCCUGUACUGUUGCAGGUUGCGGCCCCUGGAGCCCAGUCCAAUCCUUCAAACAGAAACAGCCUGAUGUGUCCCUCCAUCAGGCAUUCUCCUGGCAUUGGUGGUAUGUGGUCAUGGGGAUUUCUGUCAGUCUGGCCUUGAUAGGGUUCAUCCUAUAUGCAAUUAUAUUGCGACAAAGAGAGACAUGCUUUGGGAAGGCCUUUUACCCAAUGAGGAACGCUGGUGGGGAUUUUGUGGUGAGAUACAGUGCAGGACGCACCUACAAUCGGCAGUCAAAUGAAGCCACAUUGAGCAGCCUGGUGAUUAGUGAUGAAUUGAAGCAGAAGUUGCAGGACGUGAUGGUGGACAGUCACAAGCUGACCCUGGGCAAGACCCUUGGAGAGGGGGAGUUUGGCUCUGUCCUGGAAGGGCUUCUGGUGCACCAACAGACUGUCCUCAAAGUAGCUGUGAAGACCAUGAAGAUUUCCAUCUGCACUCGCACUGAGAUGGAGGACUUCCUCGGGGAGGCUGCUUGUAUGAAGGAGUUUGACCACCCCAACAUCAUGAGACUCCUUGGGGUGUGUCUGCAGGCAGCAGAGAGAGGAGGCUACCCCUCCCCCAUAGUCCUCUUGCCCUAUAUGAAGCAUGGGGACCUGCACAGUUUCCUGCUCUACUCUCGACUUGGGGACAAUCCUUUGUCCCUGCCUUCUCAGAUGCUGGUGAAGUUCAUGACAGACAUCGCACGGGGAAUGGAAUACCUGAGCAACAAGAGGUUCAUCCAUAGAGACCUGGCAGCGCGAAACUGCAUGCUGAAUGAGAAUAUGACUGUCUGUGUGGCUGAUUUUGGCCUUUCCAAGAAGAUCUAUAACGGGGACUACUAUAGACAAGGACGCAUUUCAAAGAUGCCAGUGAAAUGGAUCGCCAUUGAGAGCCUGGCAGACAGAGUUUACACCACCAAGAGUGAUGUGUGGUCGUUUGGAGUGACUACGUGGGAGAUAGCCACUCGGGGGCAGACGCCCUACCCUGGAGUGGAAAACAGUGAGAUGUACGACUACCUUAGACAGGGAAACCGCCUCAAACAGCCCCCUGGCUGCCUGGACAUCAUCUACUUCCUGAUGUUCUCCUGCUGGCUGCUGAGUCCUAAGGACCGCCCAGGGUUCCCCUCUCUGCGCUGUGACCUGGAGAAAGCCCUGGAGGAGAUGCCUGAGCAGGAGGAGGCAGAUGACCUGCUCUAUGUCAACAUGGAAGAGCCCUCAGGCUCUCUGUUAGGGGCCAUUGGGGGCUGGGAGCCCUUUGGACAGCCUCACCCGUCCUACUGGAAGAACAUGGGCAAUCUGGAAACAAUCCAGGUGCAUCAUCAUAAUCAUCAUGAUCAUGCAGAACGCUAUGUUCUCUGCCCUCAGCACGAGGCCCAGCCCUAUCUCAAUGACUCUAUGGACAACACUCAGCACGAGGCCCAGCCCUAUCUCAAUGACUCUGUGGACAGCCCUCAGCACAAGGCCCAGCCCUAUCUCAAUGACUCUGUGGACAGCCCUCGGCACGAGGCCCAGCCCUAUCUCAAUGACUCUAUGGACAACCCUCAGCACGAGGCCCAGCCCUAUCUCAAUGACUCUGUGGACAGCCCUCAGCACGAGGCCCAACCCUAUCUCAAUGACAGUGUGGACAGCCCUCAGCACAAGGCCCAGCCCUAUCUCGAUGACUCUGUGGACAGCCCUCAGCACAAGGCCCAGCCCUAUCUCAAUGACUCUGUGGACAGCCCUCAGCACAAGGCCCAGCCCUAUCUCAAUGACUCUGUGGACAGACAGCCCUCAGCACAAGGCCCAGCCCUAUCUCAAUGACUCUGUGGACAGACAGCCCUCAGCACAAGGCCCAGCCCUAUCUCAAUGACUCUGUGGACAGACAGCCCUCAGCACAAGGCCCAGCCCUAUCUCAAUGACUCUGUGGACAGCCCUCAGCACGAGGCCCAACCCUAUCUCAAUGACUCUGUGGACAGCCCUCAGCACAAGGCCCAGCCCUAUCUCAAUGACUCUGUGGACAGCCCUCAGCACAAGGCCCAGCCCUAUCUCGAUGACUCUGUGGACAGCCCUCAGCACGAGGCCCAACCCUAUCUCAAUGACUGUGUGGAUAGCCCUCAGCACAAGGCCCAGCCCUAUCUCGAUGACUCUGUGGACAGCCCUCAGCACAAGGCCCAGCCCUAUCUCAAUGACUCUGUGGACAGCCCUCAGCACAAGGCCCAGCCCUAUCUCAAUGACUCUGUGGACAGACAGCCCUCAGCACAAGGCCCAGCCCUAUCUCAAUGACUCUGUGGACAGCCCUCAGCACGAGGUUCAACCCUAUCUCAAUGACUCUGUGGACAGCCCUCAGCACAAGGCCCAGCCCUAUCUCAAUGACUCUGUGGACAGCCCUCAGCACAAGGCCCAGCCCUAUCUCGAUGACUCUGUGGACAGCCCUCAGCACAAGGCCCAGCCCUAUCUCAAUGACUCUGUGGACAGCCCUCAGCACAAGGCCCAGCCCUAUCUCAAUGACUCUGUGGACAGCCCUCAGCACAAGGCCCAGCCCUGUAUCAAUGUCUCUAUGGACAGCAUGAGCUGGAUGGCCUCCUCUUCGAGCCCCACUUUGCAGCUCCAGGCAUCCCGCUCCUCCUCUCUCCUGCUGGACGGACAGGUCAAGAAUGGGACCGGAGGGUGUUCAGGCAGUGAGGCUUAGAGAAAAUACACAGUGACUACCAGUGGUUGUUUAGAAAUACUGAAAAAUGUGGACUCAAAUUCACUUUUUAUUGAAAUACUGUUGUGUAGUCAAAUGAACAUGCUCUAAAGAAAUCAUUGAUUUGUUGUUCCCAAUAUUAAGUUAAGAAAUCAAAUCACCUAAUUCAUUGGCAGUGACUGUGUGUUAUAAAUUGGUAUAAUCUUCUACUGAAAGAAAGCUACAUCAAACUGCAAGUGCAUCAAUACCUUUAUUUAAUAAACCAAUGAACAAACUCA